GAGCUAUUAAAGGACAAAGAACUUUUACAAAAAUAUGGUUCUGAGAAGUUUGACAUAACUCCACCAGAAAAGAAGAAGAGAGAAAAGAAAGAAAAGAAAGUAGAAGAAGAGAAGAAAGAACCUGAACCAGAGAAGAAGAAAUUUGACAUGUAA